AGUUUUGGGGUUAAAAUGAGAAUAUACAAAAGUUCAAUGCCAUUUUGGAAAGUACUUCUAUUUUUAUUUUGUGCUUUUUUUACAUUUCGUAACCUUUCGUCCGCGUUCUCUCUCCUCUCUCAAGAUUCAACACACCCCCGAGAUUUUCCCGAGAAAUUUUUGCCGAACAACAUGGAGUCAUGUCCAUCUGUUAAGAACAUCCUACUUCUGGAUUCUGAAGGAAAAAGAAUCGCAGUCAAGUAUUACUCAGAUGAUUGGUCAACAAACAUUGCAAAGGAAGCUUUUGAAAAAUCUGUAUUCACAAAGACUCAAAAGACAAAUGCUCGAACUGAAGCGGAGAUCACCAUGUUUGAGAAUAACGUUGUUGUGUACAAAUUUGUACAAGACCUUCACUUUUUUGUCACUGGGGGUGAUGAUGAAAAUGAACUCAUCUUAGCAACAGUUCUUCAGGGAUUUUUUGAUGCUGUUGGCCUCCUACUAAGAGGCACUGUGGACAAGAAGGAGGCUCUUGAGAACUUGGAUCUGAUUCUUUUAUGCCUUGAUGAAAUUGUCGAUGGCGGUAUUAUUCUUGAAACUGAUGCAAACGUUAUUGCGGGAAAGGUUGCAAGUCAUAGUAUCGAUUCUGCAGCUCCUUUGUCUGAGCAGACAAUAACUCAAGCAUUGGCCACUGCUCGUGAACAUCUAACCAGAUCCCUUCUCAAAUGAUGCUUGCACCAGAAAAAAUUAAAAGGCCAAAAGGGAUAUCUUUUUCUGUAUGUUGAUUUGUGCUAGAUGUGCGGAUUGAAUAUGCUUCAAUUUUGCUUGAUGUUGCUUUCGACAAAGAAGUGGUUGAUGCCAAUACGAGGUCCUUCGGGAGACAGUUGGCUUUUGCACCAUCAGCAUGUCAUCUGUAAACUGUUAUUGAUCACAAAUGUCAAUGGUAAAAUUUUAUGGAGUCUUCUGACUAGGACUUAAAUGUUGUGAUGUUUGAUAUUAAUCAGUUUUGAUAUUUGGUGUUUA